GUUUCUCAAAGGACUAUAAGAUGUAACUCGUGUCCCCUUCGUUUCCCUGCUUAUCCAGCAUAAAUCAUCCAGCUGAGGAAGAUACUAGAAUUGCAUUCCUGUGGUAAGCUGAAAUCAUCCUCGUGAUUAGCCAUUAAUUAGCUUCAAUCCAGUUUCGUCUCCUUAUUAUCGGGGAAUUCAGCGAUCCAUCUUCAAUUUUCCGUGUGGGAAAUGACCGUUUUGGGUGAAAAUGAAAGCGGCAAAGAGAAAAGUGGGCAAAUAUGAUCUUGGAAGAACCAUUGGUGAGGGAACGUUUGCAAAAGUUAAGGUUGCACAGAACACAGAAAAUGGGACGACUGUGGCCAUCAAAGUCAUUGCUAAAAGCACCAUCCUUAAGCACCAAAUGGUUGAUCAGAUCAAAAGAGAGAUUUCAAUAAUGAAGAUUGUCAGACAUCCUUUCAUUGUUAGGCUGCAUGAGGUUUUAUCAAGCCAUACAAAAAUAUAUAUAGUUCUGGAGCUUGUCAAAGGAGGUCAACUGUUUGAUAAAAUUGUUAACCAAGGUAGGCUUUCUGAGAAUGAAUCAAGGCAUUACUUUCAACAACUUAUAGAUGCAGUUUCACACUGCCAUGGCAAGGGUGUGUACCACCGGGAUCUGAAGCCUGAAAAUCUGCUCCUUGAUUCCGAAGGAAACUUAAAGGUUUCUGAUUUUGGACUGAGUGCAUUACCUCAACAAGGAGUUGAACUUCUUCAUACAACUUGCGGAACUCCAAAUUAUGUUGCACCAGAGGUAUUAAGCCACAGAGGUUAUGAUGGUGCUGCUGCUGAUGUUUGGUCGUGUGGUGUCAUCCUAUAUGUUUUGAUGGCAGGAUAUCUUCCUUUUGACGAGAUAGAUCUUCCUACUUUGUAUAACAAAAUAAAUGCUGCAGAAUUUUCAUGUCCAUUUUGGUUUUCUCCUGCUGCCAUGUCAUUGCUGCAUAAAGUACUUGAUCCCAAUCCAGAAACUCGAAUUAAGAUUGAAGGGAUCAAAAUGGAACCAUGGUUCCAGAAGAGUUACGUGCCUGUGAGACCUAAAGAAGUCGGAGAAGUGAAUCUGGAUGACAUUCGUGCUGUUUUUGAUGACAUUGAGGACACAUAUGUAAAUGAAGAAUCUGGGAAACAUGACACUGGCCCUCUGAUAAUGAAUGCAUUUGAGAUGAUUACGUUAUCUCAAGGGUUAAACCUAUCAGCCUUGUUUGACAGGCAUCAGGAUUAUGUGAAGCGCCAAACUCGUUUUGUUUCCCGCCAACCUGCAAAAGUCAUAAUUUCAACAAUUGAGGCAGCUUCUGAAUCAAUGGGGCUCAAGGUUCACACACGUAACUACAAGACAAGACUUGUGGGGGUCUCUGCUAAUGGGGCAAGUCAAUUUGCUGUCGUGUUGGAGGUUUUUGAGGUUGCUCCAUCUCUUUUCAUGGUGGAUGUUCGUAAGGCUGCUGGAGAAACUCUGGAAUAUCACAAGUUUUACAAGAACUUAUGCACGAAGAUUGGUCAUAUAAUUUGGAGACCAAAGGAAGCAAUGACAAAUACUGCUCUGCUUAGAACAAUGACUUGCUGAUCCAGUUCAUGGUUAUGAAGCAAAUCACUGAGCACAACAAAUAAUAUGGAGACUUUAGUUUCCAGGUAAUAUGUGAGUUAUUAUGUAAGUUAUGGAAAUAAAUUGUGUAAUCUGCCUAUUUCUUUGAGGCUUUACAGACCAGAAAUCGAAAUCUACUGCUUCUAUAGAGUGAAAUGAGAAAGUUUAUUCAGACAUUGGCAACUAUUAUGCAAAUCUUUUCGCGGUAUUACAUAAUUACUGGUAAUAAUAAGGGUGAAAUUGAAGUA